AUGAGCGAGGCGGACGGGCUACGGCAGCGUCGACCCCUGGGGCCUCAGGUUGUCACGGACGAUGGCCUAGCUCCGGAGGCCAAGGACGGCAGCACCUUUAGUGGCAGAGUCUUCCGCGUGACUUUCUUGAUGCUUGCUGUUUGCGUUACCGUUCCCCUGCUUGGUGCCAUGGUGCUCCUGGAGUCCCCCAUAGACCCACAGACUCUCAGCUUCAGAGAACCUCCUUUCUUGCAUGGUGUUCUGCAGCCAAAUACAAAAUUGAGACAGGCCAAAAGGCUAUUUGAAAAUCAACUUAUUGGGCCAGAGUCCAUAGCACAUAUUGGGGAUGCCAUGUUUACUGGUACAGCGGAUGGUCGGAUCGUGAAACUUGAAAAUGGUGAGGUAGAGACGAUUGCCCAGUUCGGCACUGGCCCGUGCAAAACCCGAGAUGAUGAGCCUGUCUGUGGGAGACCCCUGGGUAUCCGGGCAGGGCCCAACAGGACACUUUUUGUGGCUGAUGCCUACAAGGGACUAUUUGAAGUAAAUCCCUGGAAACGUGAAGUGAAACUGCUGUUGUCUUCUGAGACACCAAUUGAGGGAAAGAAAAUGUCCUUUGUAAAUGAUCUUACAAUAACUCAGGAUGGGAGGAAAAUUUAUUUUACGGAUUCUAGCAGUAAAUGGCAAAGACGAGAUUAUCUGCUUUUGGUUAUGGAGGGAACGGACGAUGGACGCCUGCUAGAAUAUGACACUGUGACCAAGGAAGUGAAAGUCUUAAUGGACCAGUUGAGAUUCCCUAAUGGUGUCCAGCUUUCUCCAGCAGAGGACUUUGUCCUGGUGGCAGAAACAACCAUGGCAAGGAUCAGAAGGUUCUACGUGUCUGGUCUGAUGAAGGGAGGGGCAGAUAUGUUUGUGGAGAACAUGCCUGGAUUUCCAGAUAACAUCAGGCCCAGCAGCUCCGAGGGAUACUGGGUUGGCAUGGCAACAGUCCGCUCUAACCCUGGAUUUUCCAUGUUGGAUUUCUUAUCUGAGAGACCCUGGAUUAAAAAAAUAAUCUUUAAGCUCUUCAGUCAGGAGACAGUGAUGAAGUUUGUGCCACGGUACAGCCUCGUCCUAGAACUCAGCUACAGUGGGGCCUUUCGAAGAAGCCUGCAUGACCCCAAUGGCCUGGUGGCCACAUACACCAGUGAGGCACAUGAAUAUGAUGGGCACCUGUACCUGGGCUCCUUCAGCUCCCCUUUCCUUUGCCAGCUGAGCCUUGAGUCUGUAUGA